CCAACUGAUUCAAGCACAGCACAGCUAAAAAAAACUAUGUGUGGGCACAGCAUCUUCACUCACCAGAAGCAAGCCAGAACAAUGGAAUUAAUUGCUCUUUUGAUUCUUAUAUCUGGUUCAAGUUUAUGUCAAUUAAUUGGACCCAAGAAGGUUCAUGGAGAAUUAGGAGGAUCGGUCACUGUGAACUGUCAGUAUGACCUGAAGUACAUGUACCAUGUUAAAAGAUGGUGUAAAGGUUUGCAACAUUUAAUUGGAACCAAGAAGGUUCAUGGAGAAUUAGGAGGAUCGGUCACUGUGAAGUGUCAGUAUGACCUGAAGUACAAGGACCAUGAUAAACGAUGGUGUAAAGGCAGUUAUUCCAUCAUAACUGGAUGUUCUAUUGUGGUUUCUACUGAAAAACCAAAAAGAGAAAGAGUAUCACUGGCUGAUAACAAAACACAAGGGAUAUUUUCAGUAACCAUGGAUCACCUAAUUAAGAGUGAUGAAGGACAAUACUUGUGUGUGAUAGUAAGACCAGGAAUUAAAUUAAAUGAAAAGUUUUCUAUUGAAUUAGAAGUUUCUGAAGGUCCACUAUGGAGUUCAACACAAGGCCCAACCACUCGCAAAGCAGGAAAUACUAAAACUUCUGUUACUACAGCUCUCACCACUUCUUCCACCAGUGACUCUUCUGAAGAAGAUGAGCUGAAGAGUUACAGUUUAUGGGCUGCAUUCCGUUGGCCGUUCUUUGGUGCUCUGGUUGUUUGUACCCUUUCGGUCACAUUUUGCAAAAGACCCAGUUUGUCUGAUUUCAAAUGGAAAUCCAAGAAAGGAAUCCUCGCAUGCAACUGUUACUGGGUGAUUGCAGAACAUAACUGCCCGGAGUCAAGGGUUGAAUUUUAUGGCGCCCAGAAAGUGAAAGGGAGUACAAUGUCUGGGCAGAGAGAGUACACCCACCAGAAACAGUGCAGAACCAUGGAAUUAAUUACUCUCUUGAUUCUAAUGCCUGCAUCAAGUUUGCAACAUUUAAUUGGACCCAAGAAGGUUCAUGGAGAAUUAGGAGGAUCGGUCACUGUGAAGUGUCAGUAUGACCUGAAGUACAAGGACCUUGAUAAACGAUGGUGUAAAGGCAGUUAUUCCAUCAUAACUGGAUGUUCUAUUGUGGUUUCUACUGAAAAACCAAAAAGAGAAAGAGUAUCACUGGCUGAUAACAAAACACAAGGGAUAUUUUCAGUAACCAUGGAUCACCUAAUUAAGAGUGAUGAAGGACAAUACUUGUGUGUGAUAGUAAGACCAGGAAUUAAAUUAAAUGAAAAGUUUUCUAUUGAAUUAGAAGUUUCUGAAGGUCCACUAUGGAGUUCAACACAAGGCCCAACCACUCGCAAAGCAGGAAAUACUAAAACUUCUGUUACUACAGCUCUCACCACUUCUUCCACCAGUGACUCUUCUGAUGAGAAACAGUGGCAUGUGAUUCUGCCAGCGAUCAUGGUGCUAAUCAUCCUACUGCUCGUUGCUGCUAUCAUUCUUUAUGUGAAACUAAAACGGCAGAAGAAAAGAGGCAUGAAUGAACAGAAUUUUACUGGCAUGGAAAAUCCUGCAGAAGCCUGCAAGUUUUCUAAGGAAGAUAAAGAGGUGACAUACUCCACGGUGAAGACAGCACCCAGAGCUAACUUGGAAAAAACUUACUAUAAUCUUCAGGAUCUUAAAGCUGAAAGAACAGCCGAAGGCCAAGAUGCUUCGGAAACUGUAGAAUAUUCCACAGUUUAUUUCAAAUCAUAAUGAAAUAACCAAGUGUGUAGUUUUUCUGGACAACUCCAGCAAUGUGCCUUGAACUAGGCUCCAAAUGAACAAUCUCCUGUUAUAAUGUUUCUCAAGAAGAAUGUGCGUAUGAACUGAAAUAUGUCUUAAAGCAAUUUUUUUGACAUAUCUGUGCAGAGAUUGUCAUGUUACUUUUUUUUACUGAGAGAGUAUAGCCUUGGCUAACAGAAAUGUUGUCUUACAAAGAACAUUCUUUGGGAUUUGUUUGAAGCAUGUUUGGUCAGCUAAAUUAAGAGGCUGCAGAUAUUCUGAAUCUGCUUUCUGUUGCUGCUGCAGUGCUUCCUUGUCUAUUAUAACAGUACUUUAUGUCCUUUCUAGCAGUUCUUUUUUUUGUUAAGUGUGAUAUGUGAAGUUUGGUGGCUAGUAAAGAGAAAAAUGUUAAGAAUGGGAAACACAUACUUUACUAUAUUUUAGAGUGUAACUUUGAUUGUUGGGAAUGGUUUGAUGCCAGUUUUGUUUCAUAGAUGUAUAUGUAAUCAUGUAUAAUGAUGUACAUAGAGUUUGUGAAUGGAAAUAAAUCAAAGACAUUGACUGGAAA